GAAAGAUGGAGGAAAGGGGGGGGGCAGCCCCUUGAGCGCAGGCGCAGAAGCAGGAAAUCGGCAGGAAGGGAGAGGGAGGAGCGGGCUCGGUGCCCUCGGCUUUGCAAGGGUUAAAAGGAGCAGAGCUGGAUUCCUAGAGAGGACAGCAAGUGAAGGGGGGGUGAAGUCCUCCCUGGCCAAAUUCCCUCCCUCCCUUCCGGCUGCUUUCUUCUCUCUCCUCGGUGAGUCUCCUCUCUCUUCCCCCUGAGGGUGCAAUGGGGAGAAAGAAGGGGGUCCCAGGGGUGGAGGGAGGGUGCAUGGGGGUCCCUGUUCAGAUCAGCAGCGAAGGGGAGAAAUUGGAGGCGUCGCUUGAGGAGUUUGGGCGAAAGGGGCGGAGAGGAGGAGGCUGGAAAGGGGGGAGAAAAGGAAGCGUAAUUCGGGAUAACACGAGGGAUCAAGGAGGCCAAAACAAGCCGGGGAAGGAAGGGGGGCGCCCGGUGGUGGAGGGAAGCGCUCCCCGCCUCGCUCCGUCCUAGCCUGGAGGUCAUAAAGUGCCUUUUGCUGCUUUGUUCCUCUGCUUUGGUUGGGCAAAAUACAGGUGUGUGUGUGUGUGUGUGUGUGUAAUUGGGGGGCUAAAAUUUUAUUUGCCUGGUGCAGAAAUGACUUCAAAGCAAUGGAUUCAAUGGAAGCUCACAGUCACUGCAAACAUCCCAGCAACAACAUUGACGGGAAAUCCUCCCCACCUGAUGGAUUUCUGCCUCCCAGGAGGAUGUAGAACUCAGCCCAAAAGGGGGGGGGGGAGGUGGGAGAGAGAGCAACAAAUUCUGAUUCUCUUCCUCUCAGAAUCGCAUAACCCCAGGACAUCGAGGUCCCUUUGCUUCUCCCAUGAAAUAUUUGAGGCCACCUCCCCCCCAAUUUAAUGGGCAUUGCCAUUCAAAUGGUGUGUGCAUCUUGUGAUCAGUUUUUCAGGGCGGGGAUUACUUGGGUCCAUGGGCUUCCAAUGGGGAGAAUUAAACCCUUAAUUAACUGAGAUUCUGCCCCUUAACAUAAAUCCUGGCUAUGCCCAAUGCCUGCUCCCCCCUAAUAUUUUAUUCAAAUUGGCACCCCUGCUAUUAUUAUUAUUAUUAUUAUUAUUAUUAUUAUUAUUAUAUUAAAUUUGUAUCCUGCCCCUCAUUCAAAGUUCACAGGGCGAUCCACAACAUAAAAAUGCAAAAUUAGAACACAAAAUGCAUAAUAAAACAAGGACAAAGGCAAACCAAUGAUCUCUCCUCCCACAAACAUAUUUAAAAGGCCAUAGAAUGUUAACCAGCCAAAGGCCCAGUUAUAGAGACAUGUUUUUGCCUGGCACCUCAAGAUGUAAGGAAGGUGCCAGGCAAGCCUCCCUUGGGAGAGCAUCCCACAAAUGGGGAACCACUGCAGAAAAGGUCCCGUUUUUGUGUUGCCACCAUCCAAUGAGAUUCCUGCAUUGCCCCAGGGGGUUGGCUAGAUGGCCCUCAGGGGUACCUUCCUACUCUACAAUUCUCUGGUGCAGGUUUGUGAAGAUUUUUUAGGUAGAAGUUAGAUGCAAGGGGUGCAUAGGAUUGUAGCUCAUCUUAUGCACCGUUGGCUCGGGAAGAAGUCCCACUAAUCCUGAUGAGACUCUCAGGCGAGUAGAUUGACCCUGCAGCUUGUUUUGGCUCCUCGACUCCUCAGGAAGGAUGAAAGAGACGGAUCCCGCAAAGCUAGCGAGGAUGGAAGGAGGAAGAUGGACGGUUGACCUGGUCAGGUUGUCUCCUGCAUCCCUCCCCACAACCUCUGAGCGUUCUCUCCCAGGGACCUCAGAGAGAUCUGGACCCUGCAGCUUGUUUUGGCUCCUCGACUCCUCAGGAAGGAUGAAAGAGACGGAUCCUGCAAAGCUAGCGAGGAUGGAAGGGGGAAGAUGGACGGUUGACCUGGUCAGGUUGUCUCCCGCAUCCCUCCCCACAACCUCUGAGCGUUCCCUCCCAGGGACCUCCGAGAGAUCUGAUGGUGAAGAAUUGGAAGGGAGAAACAAGGGGGACCACAACAGAAUCCACAUAGCAGAGAAGUCGUAUAAAUAUUCAGAGUGUGGAGAGAACAUCCGUCAGAGCUCCCAGUCCACCUACCGUCAAAGAAAGAGCUUCGUAGAGAGGGAUAGCCUCACUUCACACGAAAGAAUAAAGAGUAGGGAGAAAUUGUAUCAGUGCUGGGAAUGUGGAAAGGGCUUCAGUCAAUUUAGCCAUCUCACUUCCCAUCAAAGAGUUCAUACAGGGGAGAAACCCUAUCAAUGCUUCGAAUGUGGAAAGAGCUUUACUCUAAGUGGUGAUCUCACUUCCCAUCAAAGAGUUCAUUCAGGGGAGAAACCCUAUCAGUGCUUUGAAUGUGGAAAGAGCUUCAGUCACAGUAAUAGUCUCACUUCCCAUCAAAGAAUUCAUACAGGGGAGAAACAUUAUCAGUGCUUGGAAUGUGGAAAGAGCUUCAGGCAAAGUAGCAAUCUCACUUCCCAUCAACGAAUUCAUACAGGGGAGAAACCCUAUCAGUGCUUAGAAUGCGGAAAGAGCUUUAAUCGGAAGGAUAGUCUCAUUUCCCAUCAAAGAAUUCAUACAGGAGAGAAACCCUAUCAGUGCUUCGAAUGUGGGAAGAGCUUUAGUCUCAGGCAUAGUCUCACUUCCCAUCAACGAAUUCAUACAAAUGAGAAACACUAUCAGUGCUUAGAGUGCAGAAAGAGCUUUAAUCGGAAGGAUAAUCUCAUUUCCCAUCAAAGAAUUCAUACAGGAGAGAAACCCUAUCAGUGCUUCGAAUGUGGGAAGAGCUUUAGACUCAGGCAUAGUCUCACUUCUCAUCAAAGAAUUCAUACAGGGGAGAAGCCAUAUCAGUGCUUGGAAUGUGGAAAGAGCUUCAGUCAGCGGAUCCAUCUCACUUCCCAUCACAGAAUUCAUAGAGGGGAGAAACCCUAUCAGUGCUUUGAAUGUGGGAAGUGCUUCAGUCACAGUAAUACUCUCACUUCCCAUCACAGAAUUCAUAGAGGGGAGAAACCCUAUAAGUGCUUGGAAUGUGGAAAGAGCUUCAGUCAGCGGAUCCAUCUCACUUCCCAUCAACAAAUUCAUACAGGGGAGAAACCCUAUCAAUGCCUGGAAUGUGGAAAGAACUUCAAUCGGAAGGAUACUCUCAUUUCCCAUCAAAUAAUUCAUAGAGGGGAGAAACCAUAUCAAUGCCUGGAAUGUGGAAAGAGCUUCAGUCAGAGGGUGACUCUCACUGCCCAUCAACGAAUUCAUACAGGGGAGAAACCCUAUCAGUGCUUAGAAUGCGGAAAGAGCUUUAAUCGGAAGGAUAGUCUCAUUUCCCAUCAAAGAAUUCAUACAGGAGAUAAACCCUAUCAGUGCAUGGAAUGUGGAAAGGGCUUCAGGCUCAGGCAAAGUCUCACUACGCAUCAAAGAAUUCAUACAGGCGAGAAACCAUAUCUGUGCUUGGAAUGUGGAAAGAGAUUUCGUCAAAGUGGCGAUCUCACUUCCCAUCAACGAAUUCAUACAGGGGAGAAACCAUAUCAAUGCCUGGAAUGUGGAAUGAGCUUCAGUCAUGGAUUCUAUCUCACUGCCCAUCACAGAAUUCAUUCAGGGGAGAAACCAUAUCAGUGCUUGGAAUGUGGGAAGAGCUUCACUUUCAGGCAGAGUCUCACUUUGCAUCAAAGAAUUCAUACAGGGGAGAAACCCUAUCAGUGCUCGGAAUGUGGAAAGAGCUUCCGGGAGGGGGCUAAGCUCACUUCCCAUCAAAGAAUUCAUACAGGGGAGAAACCCUAUCAGUGCUUAGAAUGUGGGAAGAGCUUCACUUUCAGGCAGAGUCUCACUUCCCAUCAAAGAAUUCAUACAGGGGAGAAACCAUAUCUGUGCUUGCAAUGUGGAAAGAGCUUCACUGACAGUAGCCAUUUCAGUUCCCAUCAAAGAAUUCAUACAGGGGAGAAACCAUAUCAGUGCAUGGAAUGUGGAAAGAGCUUCAGGUUCAGGAACAAUCUCACUACGCAUCAAAGAAUUCAUACAGGGGAGAAACCAUAUUUGUGCUUGGAAUGUGGAAAGAGAUUUCGUCAAAGUGGUGAUCUCACUUCCCAUCAACGAAUUCAUACAAAGGGAAAACCAAAAAAGGAAAAGGAAAAAGGGGAAAUUAUUAAACAACCCUUACAAAACACAAUUGUAUAAGAAAAGUGAAUGGGGGAGAAUAUUUUAAAAUACUCUUUAUCACAUUUGUAUCAUAUAUAUCAUAUCAUUUAUCGACCCAUAGAAAGGCAUUCUCCUGGUCGAUCACCCAGCCAUUAUUGUCAGGAGUGAGCUUGUCGGAAUGAACCCCGGUGCAUCAAAGGCUGGGGAUACCGCUUCAGCGCAACAGAUCCCCUUAGAAACCCCAAAACAAGCCUUUUGGGGAUCUGGACCUCCGGCAGCGUGGAUUGUGGGCUUCUGCUCCCCAGAAAGGCUCUGUUUUGAGCCCCCGAGAGCGAGGGGGUCAGAGCUGUAGCGCAUCGGGCAAAUUGCUUCCUUUGACAGCGCGAAGCUGCAGGACUGAGUGGCAAUAGCGGUCAAUUCUUUUAAAGGAAAAAAAAGAUAUUAAAGGAAUGUGCCGUGAGUACUUUUGACAUUUGGCUUAUUUGGCUAAUUUGAGAGAAUUUGGAUACAGAAUAGGGGUUUUAAAACGGAAGUCAGCCCCUUUCUGCUGAUAGUAUUGGAGAGCAGAAGAUAUUACCUAAGCCGAGAAAAUAUUGGAAGACGUUUUAAGCGUAAGAAUAUUGAACCUCCCCUUAGAAGAGGAGAUGGGGGGGGAGGAUUUGUAAAUAAAUUUCAAGAUUUUAGAAGGUUGAAAGGUCUUUGAGAAGCUGCUCGGGUUUUGAGAGCGUCAGACAGUGAGAAGCCAUUGUGACGUAACAAUGCGAGAAUGAAAGUGUUUUAAAUCCUGCCCUGCGGAAAGUGAAAGAGAGGCUGGUUCCCAGCCUUGUCCCUGAUUGUUUGGAUUACAAAAGUUAUCUUCGACCUUGAAAGUCUGAGUUCCCAGCAGGGAAAUGAUAUUGGAAUUUAUGAAAGAAAAUAGACAAAGUUUACAGAGCCUUGCCACAGAGGUUAAAGCAAAUACUAAGGGUCUGCAAGAAUUUAGAAAAGAUUUUGGGACUUUAAAAAAGGAUCUGCAAGAGAUAAAAAUAGAGGUUGCAAGUUUGCAAACAAGAGUCACAGAAAUUUAAUCAGUUAAAUUAUCAGAUUUGGAAAAAUUGCAGGAGGGGACCCGAACGUCAAUCGCCUUCUUGCAGUUCAUAGAAUCAUAGAAUCAUAGAGUUGGAAGAGACCACAAGGGCCAUCCAGUCCAACCCCCUGCCAAGCAGGAAACACCAUCAAAGCAUUCUUGACGUAUGGCUGUCAAGCCUCCGCUUAAAGACCUCCAAAGAAGGAGACUCCACCACACUCCUUGACAGCAAAUUCCACUGCCGAACAGCUCUUACUGUCAGGAA